UCCUGCAUUCCAAAGCAGGGGAGGAAUCCCAGGGAGGGAGGGAACCCAGUGAGGUUCAACUUAGAGAGAGACGGCAGUCCCAAGCAAGGAGCUCAGCUUCGUGGGCAGGACGCGAGUGGGUGGUUUGGCAGAGGAACACCCUCCCCCCAUCCCCGCCUCCUCCUCCUCCUCCUCCAGCCCAGGCUCGCUUGCUUCUCCAUCACUCUGCUUCGGAAAAUGCAGCAAAGCCUCGACGGGACGCCUCCGUGGGCAACGCGCGAGAUUCCAUCCCCAGUGGGUUUCAAUCGCUGUGUUUUCCUUCCUGCCUCCCUCCAGCUGGUUCCCUCUGGACUGAUGGAUCAGAAUACAGAGCCUUCUAGAAUUGUGGUGUCUUCUUCCAAAUCCAAACUGAGAGUGGUAAACCAACUGCUUGCAAAAUAAUUUCCUCGGUGAAACAUUAUCCCCUUUCCUUGGAAAAAAGUCGGAGUAUAACAUAAGAGAGGUACAGCAUGAGGAGAAGGACUUUGUACCCCUGCAUGGACUAAAAGGAAAGGUCAAAAGGGCCCAGUGGAAUGGGAUCCAUCAGCAUGGAGUCUUUAACUUACUCGGCGCAAUUCUAUCGGGAGUACCACAAUAACAACAUAAUUUCCUUGCACUACAACUACACUGGGAAGCUCCAGGCCAGCAAGUACAAGGGCAGCCUCAAGGCAGAUGCUAUUGUCUUCCUGGUAGUGUGUGCGUUCAUUGUGGUUGAAAACUUAGUGGUCCUGCUGGCCAUCUGGAGGAACAAGAAGUUCCACUCACCUAUGUACUACCUGAUUGGGAAUCUCACCCUCUCGGACUUGCUGGCCGGAGUGGCCUACACAGCCAAUAUCAUCAUGUCUGGACCCAACACCCUCAAACUGACUCCAGUCCAGUGGUUUCUGAGAGAAGGUGGUGUCUUUGUCACACUGGCGGCAUCUGUCCUAAGCCUGCUCGCCAUUGCCAUCGAGCGGCACAUCACCAUGGUCCGCAUGAGGCUUUACCAGGGGGACAAGAAAGGGCGGAUGUUCUUGUUGGUGGGAGCCAGCUGGCUGGCCUCUGUUUUGCUCGGGGUGCUGCCCAUCCUGGGUUGGAACUGCAUCGAAAGCCUUCCCGAGUGCUCAACAGUGCUGCCCCUCUACUCCAAGCAUUACGUCCUCUUCUGCAUCACUAUUUUCCUGGUGAUCCUUAUUUCCAUUGUGGUGCUUUAUGCCCGCAUCUACCGCAUGGUCAAGUUCAACGGGCAGCGCCUGGGCAGCCUUCGGAAGGGCAUGCUCAAGAAAUCCCAGAAGUACAUGGCCCUGCUGAAAACGGUGACCAUUGUGGUGGGCACUUUCAUCGCCUGCUGGCUCCCUCUCUUCCUCCUCCUGCUGCUGGAUGUUGCAUGCCAGGCACAGGCCUGUAGCCUGCUGUACAAGGCGGACUAUUUCCUGGGCCUGGCUAUGAUCAACUCCCUUCUCAAUCCCAUCAUUUACACCCUGACAAGCAAGGACAUGAGAAGAGCCAUUUUCAAGUUGCUCUGCUGCCUCCUGGCGGUUUCUCCUGGAAUGGAGGAUAGACAAGCCAAACGCUUUGGUUUCCCAAUUUUGGAAGGCAGCACCAGCAAAUCGGAACGCUCUUCCCACCAGCAGGAGGGGCUUCAUACAAGCCUGUCAAUUGGGAAUGGGCCCCCUGCAGCCAUCAAAGCACUGGUGCUAAAAGCCACCCACUGAAAUAUUGUGUCUGCUCAAGGCAUCGGCACUGGGACAAGGGCAGCCAGGAAAGCAGAGUGCAAGAAGUACGAGUCCCACUUUGGUUGGGAGUCAAAGACUUUGGGAAUUGCUAGUAGCAGAUCCUGAAGGAGGCCAAAAUGGAGCUAGCGUGGGGAUGAUGGAGAAACUGUGGAAUAGACAGGCAACACAGGCAGAACUCAAAAGAUGGCCAAGGAGAAAUUGGCUGUUGCUCAGGCAAGGGCUUCAACCAGACCCAGAAGCAUUUACUAUCCGGCCCCUGUAUCAAUAAGGAUAUGUUCAUUGACUUGCCAUGAAAACAGGAAACCAUUGAUAAUAGUAAACUGUUUUUGAAAUUUAUGAUGUCUGACAGAAGUUACCACAAAGUCACCCUCGAGGACCUAGGAAAUUCCUAGAGAGGUUUCCUCCCUAGGAGUUUGCUAGGUCCUUCAGGGUGACUCUGUGGUAUCUUCUGAUGGAAGCAUACUAUAGAAACUGCCAGGAUGGCCUAAAAUAGGAUAUAAUAGCUCCCAAGCGCGAUGGCACAGUGCUAAGAGGUAAUUUAAAUCAGGGUCUUUUAGAGUCAAGUCUCUUACUCACAUCCAUCUGGUAGAAACUCUGAUGGCAGAAUGAAAAAGAAAAGAAGCACUCCCUUCCUGCAGGAAGAGGUGGAGCCAAACAGUACUGAUUGCCAGCUAUAAGUAACCAAUCCAUACAACUAUACAUAAGCAGGGUAAAAGUGGCAGGAUUAAGCAUGUUACAACAGUUUAAAUCUUGCAACUAACAGUUCUAUACAUAGGUAGAAACUCUGAUGGCAGAAUGAAAAAGAAAGGAAGCACUCCCCUCCUGCAGGAAGAGGUGGAGCCAAACAGUACUGAUUGCCAGCUAUAAGUAACCAAUCCAUACAACUAUACAUAAGCAGGGUAAAAUUGGCAGGAUUAAG